AUGUCGCACACCCACGACAUGAGGGAGGUAAUAGUGUUUACCGAUGGCUGGUAUGCACUACAGCGGUUAGCUGGCACACUUUCCAACAAGGUGGGGGGAGCUCAUGCCUCCCUGGUGAAGACGAUUUGUGACCUGUCUCAGCUCAUUGUCCAAAGGGACCUCCACCUGGAGCUGCAUUUGAGUCCAGGUUAUGGGGGUAUCCCGGCCAACGAGACUGCCUAUGACAUGUCAAAACGGGCCGAGGCAGAACUUGGUCUCGACGAAUCCACUACCGUCCUGAAGAAAGCAUCUUCCAACCUCAAUGAGUCUCCAGCAAGCCCGAACGAACCAACCCCCGGUCCAAGCGACCCUCCCACCGGUCCGAAUACAGCAAUCUCGGUUGUGACGGAAUCAGUCGCGAACAUGAAAAGAACCAUCGCCCACCUGACCGAGUCAGUCACGGACCUGGGUAACUCCAUCUCCAGCUUGAAGGAAUCAAUCCUUACCAAAUCGCCUACUGGAUCGAACCAGUCUGUCACUAGACUGGGGAAAUUGUCCGGCCCAAGCGAAGGGCCCACUCGUUCAAGAAACACGUCUCCUGAACCGGGCAGCCGGAAAAGGAAGCAGCCCUCCACAGAUUCUCUAGUCGAGUCUCCCAGACUAUCAAAGGCGACCAGAAAGGAAGUUAAACGUUUCUCCUGGGAGCUUGGUCAGGAGGUUUCUGGAUUCGUCUCUUUUCUGGAAGGCUAUGUGGCCAUCGGCAUUGCCAAAAAUAUUCUGCGGCUUCCCAUUCCAGACAACAGCUUUAUAUCCCCCGAGUGGGAAGGAAAGGGGAUACCAUACCGCUCCGGGAUUGAUAGCACCGCGGUCCUUGACUUAUUCGGAAUCGCACGCACCCUAGAAUUGGCUAUCAAGGAUAUCGACAAGCCCCACACAAUGGUCAAUCAAAGCCUUCCCCAGGACAAGGAAUUCUUCCAGGAUCACUUGCUACAGACCAGAUCACAUCUGCAUACCAAGAGUAAGGAACUAUUCAUCUUCACUGAUGAUAUCUUCGCCUUCAAGCGUAUUAGUGGGGAUUUGCCUUAUUCCCCCUAA